GGUUUGGGUGGGUGGAAGGCUUUUUAAACUGAGGGCGAUCGGGGGGAGCUGGGCUGGAGCUGGGCCGUAGAUCCCCGCACAUAGUUGCGGGCCCCGCGGAGCCUUUGCAGCCGAGGUGACCGACCAUCGCGGCCUGGGCGACCGGCUGUGUUCUCGCGGCCGUCUUCAGCUGUUCGAGGCCUCAGCUGCCUCCGGCGGAGAGCUAGCUGCAUCUUGGGGGACUGCGGGGUAGCGGCCAGCAGCGCGGCGGGAGAGCGGCCAACAGUGGGAAUGCGAGGUACCGGCAUUAGUCAUGGCCAAGUGGCCCUAGAGAGGGAGUAAAGGCCCUGCCUGCAUCGUUUCUCUUCUGGGUUGGAGGAAGGCGGCCUCAGAGGAAAGGGAAGGUCCUCCAAUAGCCUGACCUGAGUGAGUUAGUGCUUCAGAGGAACAAAUCGGUAGACCAACUUGGUCGGGAAGUCUCAGGAAGCUCUUGGAGCAGUGUUGGGAUUUCCUACCAGGAUGAAUAUGAUUGACUGUGAUUUUAGAUCUUAAAAACAGAAAAUUGAAAACAUGAAAGUAGACAGGACUAAACUGAAAAAGACACCUACUGAGGCUCCUGCAGACUGCAGAGCCUUAAUAGAUAAACUCAAAGUGUGUAAUGAUGAGCAACUCCUCUUGGAACUACAGCAAAUCAAAACAUGGAACAUUGGCAAGUGUGAGUUAUAUCACUGGGUUGAUCUGUUGGACCGCUUCGAUGGUAUUCUGGCAGAUGCUGGACAAACAGUGGAGAAUAUGUCAUGGAUGCUUGUAUGUGAUAGGCCAGAACGAGAGCAACUGAAAAUGCUUCUAUUGGCUGUGUUGAACUUCACAGCCUUGCUCAUUGAGUACAGCUUUUCCCGGCAUCUCUACAGUUCCAUAGAGCAUUUGACAACUUUAUUGGCUUCUUCUGAUAUGCAAGUGGUGCUGGCUGUCCUUAAUCUUCUAUAUGUAUUCAGCAAAAGAUCAAACUAUAUCACACGUCUUGGAUCUGACAAGAGGACCCCACUACUAACACGGCUGCAGCAUUUGGCAGAAAGCUGGGGUGGAAAGGAGAAUGGCUUUGGACUUGCAGAAUGUUGCAGAGACUUGCAUAUGUUGAAAUACCCACCCAGUGCAACCACACUACACUUUGAAUUCUAUGCAGACCCUGGAGCCGAGGUCAAAAUUGAGAAAAGGACAACUAGUAAUACACUACAUUAUAUUCACAUAGAACAACUUGACAAGAUUUCAGAAAGCCCUUCUGAAAUAAUGGAAUCCCUUACCAAAAUGUACAGCAUUCCUAAGGAUAAGCAGAUGCUGUUAUUUACACAUAUACGGCUGGCCCAUGGCUUUUCUAAUCACAGGAAGCGAUUACAAGCUGUUCAGGCCAGACUGCAUGCAAUAUCUAUAUUAGUCUACUCCAAUGCCUUGCAGGAGUCUGCAAACAGUAUCUUGUAUAAUGGCUUGAUAGAAGAGUUGGUAGAUGUCCUUCAAAUAACAGAUAAGCAGCUUAUGGAAAUUAAAGCUGCUUCUUUACGAACAUUAACAUCAAUUGUCCAUUUGGAGAGAACUCCCAAGCUCAGCAGUAUUAUUGACUGUACUGGAACAGCCUCUUACCAUGGAUUUUUGCCUGUACUUGUUCGGAACUGUAUCCAGGCCAUGAUUGACCCUUCAAUGGACCCAUACCCUCACCAGUUUGCCACUGCUCUCUUCUCCUUUUUGUACCACCUGGCCAGCUAUGAUGCUGGUGGUGAAGCUUUGGUCUCCUGUGGAAUGAUGGAAGCUUUAUUAAAGGUCAUAAAGUUUCUUGGCGAUGAACAGGACCAGAUAACAUUUGUUACCAGAGCUGUCAGAGUGGUUGAUCUCAUCACCAACCUGGAUAUGGCAGCUUUUCAGUCCCAUAGUGGUCUUUCUAUCUUCAUCUAUAGACUUGAGCAUGAAGUAGAUUUGUGCCGAAAAGAAUGUCCAUUUGUGAUCAAACCAAAGAUCCAGAGGCCUAGUACCACUCAAGAAGGAGAAGAAAUGGAAACUGAUAUGGAUGUUGCAGAUAUAACUAUGGAAAGCAGUCCAGGCUCGUCCAUAUCUAUGGAGCACCGGCUGGAUGUUGAAUUAAGGGCAUCAAGUUCCAACAGCAGCACUAGCAUCUCUGGCACUGGCCCGGGUCCUGGCCCGGGUCCUGGCCCUGGCCCUGGCCCUGGCCCUGGCCCUGGCCCUGGCCCUGGCCCUGGCCCUGGACCCCGUCCUGGAGUCCAGUGUAUUCCACAACGAGCAGCACUUCUCAAAUCCAUGUUGAAUUUCCUCAAGAAGGCCAUUCAAGACCCUGCUUUCUCAGAUGGCAUACGACAUGUGAUGGAUGGUUCUCUGCCUACCUCUCUGAAACACAUCAUUAGCAAUGCUGAAUACUAUGGCCCAUCACUCUUCCUUCUAGCUACUGAAGUGGUGACUGUGUUUGUAUUUCAAGAGCCGUCACUGCUCUCCUCACUCCAGGACAAUGGGUUGACAGAUGUCAUGCUGCACGCACUUCUCAUCAAAGAUGUUCCUGCUACUCGGGAAGUCCUUGGUUCACUCCCAAAUGUAUUUAGUGCACUCUGCUUGAAUGCCAGAGGUCUUCAGUCUUUUGUGCAGUGUCAACCAUUUGAACGGCUCUUCAAAGUUCUUCUGUCUCCAGAUUACCUCCCAGCCAUGAGGAGGAGGAGGAGCUCUGAUCCCCUUGGGGAUACUGCGUCCAACCUGGGGAGUGCUGUUGAUGAGCUCAUGAGACAUCAGCCCACCCUCAAAACGGAUGCAACAACUGCCAUCAUCAAGUUACUUGAAGAAAUCUGUAAUCUUGGAAGAGACCCAAAAUACAUUUGUCAGAAGCCGUCUAUCCAGAAAGCAGAUGGUACUGCCAGUGCUCCUCCCCCAAGGUCUAAUCAUGCUGCAGAAGAAGCCUCUAGUGAAGAUGAGGAAGAAGAAGAAGUACAGGCCAUGCAGAGCUUUAAUUCUGCCCAGCAGAAUGAAACUGAGCCUAGUCAGCAGGUUGUUGGUACAGAGGAACGUAUCCCUAUUCCCCUCAUGGAUUACAUCCUUAAUGUGAUGAAAUUUGUGGAAUCUAUUCUGAGCAACAAUACAACAGAUGACCACUGCCAAGAAUUUGUGAAUCAGAAAGGACUCUUGCCUUUGGUUACCAUUUUGGGUCUUCCCAAUCUGCCCAUUGACUUUCCCACAUCUGCUGCCUGUCAGGCUGUUGCAGGCGUCUGCAAGUCCAUAUUGACACUUUCACAUGAACCCAAAGUCCUUCAAGAAGGUCUCCUUCAGUUGGACUCCAUCCUUUCCUCCUUGGAGCCUUUGCACCGGCCCAUUGAAUCCCCUGGAGGCUCAGUGUUACUUCGAGAAUUGGCAUGUGCAGGCAAUGUUGCUGAUGCUACCCUCUCAGCUCAGGCCACACCUCUGUUGCAUGCCCUCACUGCUGCCCAUGCCUACAUAAUGAUGUUUGUUCAUACUUGCAGAGUUGGACAGAGUGAAAUUCGUUCCAUAUCCGUAAACCAAUGGGGCUCUCAGUUGGGUUUGAGUGUUCUGAGUAAACUAAGCCAGUUAUACUGUUCUCUGGUGUGGGAAAGCACUGUCCUCCUCUCUUUGUGUACCCCCAACAGCCUACCAUCUGGGUGUGAAUUUGGCCAGGCAGACAUGCAGAAACUGGUUCCAAAGGAUGAGAAGGCAGGUACGACCCAGGGCGGAAAAAGAUCAGAUGGCGAACAGGAUGGAACAGCUGGAAGCAUGGAUGCUUCUACCCAGGGUUUAUUGGAAGGAAUUGGGCUAGAUGGUGACUCAUUGGCUCCCAUGGAGACAGAUGAACCUACUUCUUCAGAUUCUAAGGGCAAAUCAAAAAUCACGCCAGCCAUGGCUGCGAGAAUUAAGCAAAUCAAGCCAUUGUUGUCAGCUUCCUCCCGAUUAGGCCGAGCACUUGCUGAGCUCUUUGGACUCCUUGUUAAGCUUUGUGUGGGUUCUCCUGUCCGCCAGAGAAGGAGCCAUCAUGCUGCCAGUACCACUACUGCACCAACACCUGCUGCUCGAUCAACAGCUUCAGCUCUCACUAAGCUUCUCACAAAGGGCUUAUCAUGGCAGCCCCCACCAUAUACACCUACUCCCCGCUUCAGGCUGACAUUCUUCAUCUGUUCAGUUGGGUUCACAUCUCCGAUGCUGUUUGAUGAGAGGAAGUAUCCUUACCACCUCAUGCUGCAGAAAUUUCUCUGCUCUGGAGGACACAAUGCUCUUUUCGAAACAUUCAACUGGGCUCUGUCCAUGGGAGGAAAAGUUCCUGUUUCUGAAGGAUUGGAACAUUCAGACUUGCCUGAUGGCACAGGGGAAUUCCUGGAUGCCUGGCUUAUGCUUGUGGAAAAAAUGGUAAAUCCUACCACGGUGCUUGAAUCUCCACAUUCACUGCCUGCCAAAUUGCCUGGAGGGGUCCAGAACUUUCCACAAUUCAGUGCCCUCCGCUUCCUUGUGGUAACUCAAAAAGCAGCCUUUACUUGCAUCAAGAACCUGUGGAACCGGAAACCCCUAAAGGUAUACGGUGGGCGAAUGGCAGAGUCUAUGCUGGCCAUUCUGUGCCACAUUCUCCGAGGAGAACCUGUGAUUCGAGAGAGACUGAACAAAGAAAAGGAGGGGUCUCGAGGUGAAGAGGAUGCAGGGCAAGAGGAAGGUGGCUCCCGCAGGGAACCUCAAGUCAACCAACAACAGCUGCAACAGCUCAUGGACAUGGGUUUCACAAGAGAGCAUGCCAUGGAGGCCCUGUUGAACACCAGCACAAUGGAACAAGCCACAGAGUACCUUUUAACCCACCCUCCUCCAAUAAUAGGAGGGGUUGUUCGGGAUCUCAGCAUGUCCGAGGAGGACCAGAUGAUGAGAGCAAUUGCUAUGUCUCUGGGACAGGAUAUUCCCAUGGAUCAAAGAGCAGAGUCACCUGAGGAAGUUGCUUGCCGGAAGGAAGAAGAAGAACGGAAAGCUCGGGAAAAACAAGAAGAGGAAGAAGCUAAAUGUCUGGAGAAGUUCCAAGAUGCUGACCCAUUGGAGCAAGAUGAGCUCCAUACUUUCACAGAUACAAUGUUACCAGGCUGCUUUCAUCUUCUUGAUGAGCUGCCUGAUACAGUAUACCGUGUGUGUGAUCUGAUCAUGACAGCCAUCAAACGUAAUGGAGCAGACUAUCGGGAUAUGAUAUUGAAACAGGUAGUCAAUCAGGUGUGGGAAGCUGCUGAUGUAUUGAUCAAAGCUGCUCUUCCUCUAACAACAAGUGACACAAAAACUGUAUCAGAAUGGAUCAGUCAGAUGGCCACCCUGCCCCAGGCUUCCAAUUUGGCCACUAGGAUCUUGCUUUUAACGCUACUUUUUGAGGAAUUGAAGCUACCUUGUGCCUGGGUGGUUGAGUCAAGUGGCAUCCUUAAUGUCCUAAUCAAGCUCUUAGAAGUGGUUCAACCAUGCCUACAGGCUGCUAAGGAACAAAAGGAGGUCCAGACCCCAAAGUGGAUCACCCCAGUGUUGCUCCUUAUUGAUUUCUAUGAAAAGACAGCCAUCUCAUCAAAAAGAAGAGCCCAAAUGACUAAGUACCUACAGUCCAACAGUAACAACUGGCGCUGGUUUGAUGACCGCUCUGGGCGUUGGUGUAGUUACAGUGCCAGCAAUAACAGCACUAUUGAUUCUGCUUGGAAAUCUGGUGAAACAAGUGUACGAUUCACUGCAGGCCGAAGAAGAUACACCGUCCAGUUUACUACAAUGGUGCAGGUUAAUGAAGAAACAGGGAACCGAAGGCCUGUGAUGCUAACUCUCCUCAGGGUACCGCGACUGAAUAAAAACUCAAAAAGCAGCAAUGGACAGGAACUAGAGAAGACACUAGAAGAAAGCAAAGAAAUGGAUAUCAAACAUAAAGAAAAUAAAAGCAAUGAUAAUCCCUUGGCCCUAGAGAAUACAAACACUGAAAAAGAGGCUAGCCUGGAAGACACAAAAACUGGGGAGAUCCUGAUCCAGGGCCUGACGGAAGAUAUGGUGACAGUUCUAAUCCGAGCCUGUGUGAGCAUGCUGGGAGUCCCUGUGGACCCAGACACUUUGCAUGCUACCCUUCGCCUCUGCCUGAGGCUCACCCGGGACCACAAAUAUGCCAUGAUGUUUGCAGAGCUAAAGAGUACACGCAUGAUCUUGAAUUUGACCCAGAGCUCAGGCUUCAAUGGGUUUACCCCCCUGGUUACCCUUCUCUUAAGACACAUCAUCGAGGAUCCCUGUACCCUUCGUCAUACUAUGGAAAAGGUUGUUCGCUCAGCAGCUACAAGUGGAGCUGGAAGCACUACCUCUGGUGUUGUAUCUGGCAGCCUGGGUUCUCGGGAGAUCAACUACAUCCUUCGAGUUCUUGGGCCAGCCGCCUGCCGCAAUCCAGACAUAUUCACAGAGGUUGCCAAUUGUUGUAUCCGCAUUGCCCUUCCAGCCCCUCGAGGCUCGGGAACUGCUUCAGAUGAUGAAUUUGAGAAUCUGAGAAUUAAAGGCCCUAAUGCCGUACAGCUAGUAAAGACAACACCUUUGAAGCCUUCAUCUCUGCCUGUCAUUCCUGAUGCUAUAAAGGAAGUGAUCUACGAUAUGUUGAAUGCUCUGGCUGCAUACCAUGCUCCAGAGGAAGCAGACAAAUCUGAUCCUAAACCUGGUGGUAUGACCCAAGAGGUUGGCCAACUCCUGCAAGACAUGGGUGAUGACGUAUACCAACAGUAUAGAUCACUUACUCGUCAGAGUAGUGACUUUGAUACACAGUCAAGUUUUUCCUUAAAUAGUCAGGUCUUUGCUACAGAUGGUGCCGCUACUGAGACUUCCACAUCUGGACCCUCCCAAGUAGAAGGAGCUUCAACUCCAGAGGAGUCCCGAGAUGGGAAGAAAGAUAAAGAAGGGGACCGGACCUCUGAGGAAAGCAAGCAGAAAGGCAAGGGCAGCAAACCUUUAAUGCCUACCUCCACUAUCCUUCGUCUUCUGGCAGAGUUGGUGAGGUCCUAUGUUGGUAUUGCUACCCUGAUUGCAAACUACAGCUAUACCGUGGGCCAGUCUGAGCUGAUCAAAGAGGACUGCAGUGUGCUGGCUUUUGUCCUGGACCACCUCCUUCCACACACCCAGAAUGCAGAAGACAAGGACACACCUGCCCUGGCCCGUCUAUUCCUUGCAAGCCUGGCUGCUGCGGGGAGUGGCACAGAUGCCCAAGUGGCCCUAGUGAAUGAAGUUAAAGCAGCCCUGGGACGGGCACUGGCUAUGGCUGAGAGUACAGAGAAACAUGCCAGACUUCAGGCAGUGAUGUGUAUCAUCAGUACUAUCAUGGAGUCCUGCCCCUCUACCUCCAGCUUCUACAGCAGUGCCACAGCAAAGACUCAGCAUAAUGGCAUGAACAACAUCAUUCGACUAUUCCUGAAGAAGGGACUAGUUAACGACCUGGCCAGAGUUCCCCACAGCCUAGACCUAUCCAGUCCUAACAUGGCCAACACAGUCAAUGCUGCUCUAAAGCCUUUGGAAACACUUUCCCGGAUUGUGAACCAGCCUAGUAGCCUUUUUGGCAGCAAGAGUGCUUCUAACAAGAACAAAUCUGAGCAGGAUGCCCAAGGAGCCUCUCAGGACUCCAAUAACCACCAGCAAGACCCAGGCGAGCCUGGGGAAGCAGAAGUGCAGGAGGAGGAUCAUGAUGUCACUCAGACAGAGGUGGCAGAUGGGGAUAUCAUGGAUGGGGAGGCUGAAACCGACUCAGUGGUGAUUGCUGGGCAGCCUGAGGUGCUCAGUUCACAAGAGAUGCAGGUUGAGAAUGAGCUGGAGGACCUGAUAGAUGAGUUGCUUGAGAGGGAUGGCGGAUCUGGGAACAGUACAAUUAUAGUGAGCAGAAGUGGAGAGGAUGAAUCACAAGAGGACGUGCUGAUGGAUGAAGCUCCUUCCAACCUCAGCCAAGCUUCCACCUUGCAGGCCAACCGAGAAGAUUCCAUGAAUAUCCUGGACCCUGAGGAUGAGGAGGAGCACACUCAGGAAGAGGACAGCAGUGGCAGUAACGAGGAUGAGGAUGAUAGUCAGGAUGAAGAGGAGGAGGAGGAGGAAGAUGAGGAAGAUGAUCAGGAGGAUGAUGAAGGUGAAGAAGGAGAUGAAGAUGAUGAUGACGAUGGCUCUGAGAUGGAAUUGGAUGAGGAUUACCCUGAUAUGAAUGCUUCUCCCUUGGUCCGAUUUGAGCGCUUUGACCGGGAGGAUGAUCUCAUCAUUGAGUUUGACAACAUGUUCUCCAGUGCUACAGACAUCCCCCCAUCCCCGGGAAAUAUCCCUACCACCCACCCAUUGAUGGUACGCCAUGCAGAUCACAGUUCUCUGACGCUGGGCAGUGGCUCUUCCACAACUCGUCUCACACAGGGCAUUGGUCGCAGUCAGCGGACCCUAAGACAGCUCACGGCCAAUACAGGCCACACCAUUCACGUUCACUACCCAGGGAAUCGCCAACCUAACCCUCCUCUUAUACUCCAGAGGUUACUUGGUCCCUCAGCUGCAGCUGACAUCCUUCAACUGAGCAGCAGCCUUCCCCUACAAAGCCGUGGCCGGGCCCGCCUCUUAGUGGGCAAUGAUGACGUCCAUAUCAUCGCCAGGUCUGAUGAUGAGCUGCUGGAUGACUUUUUCCAUGACCAGAGUACAGCUACUAGCCAAGCAGGAACCUUGUCCAGCAUUCCCACAGCUCUGACCCGCUGGACAGAAGAAUGCAAAGUUCUAGAUGCUGAGAGCAUGCACGACUGUGUUUCAGUGGUUAAAGUGCCCAUUGUCAAUCACCUGGAGUUCUUGAGGGAUGAAGAGCUAGAAGAAAGAAGGGAAAAACGCAGGAAACAACUGGCUGAGGAAGAAACAAAGAUAAUGGACAAAGGCAAAGAAGAUAAGGAGAACAGGGAUCAGAGUGCACAGUGUACUUUGUCUAAGACAAACGACUCCACUGAACAGAAUGCCACAGAUGGAACUCCUAUGCCUGACAGCUACCCAACAACCCCCUCUUCAACUGAUGCAGCUACCUCUGAGCCCAAGGAGACAUUUGGUACUCUGCAGCCCUCUCAGCAGCAGCCAGCACUCCCACCUCCACCAGCCUUAGGAGAGAGUCCUCAGGAACUACAGUCCCCUGCUGAAGAAGGGGGGAGUUCUACACAGCUGCUGAUGCCUGUAGAGUCAGAGGAAUUGGGUCCCACAAGGCCAAGUGGAGAAGCAGAAACAACUCAGAUGGAGUUAUCCCCAGCUCCCACCAUAACCUCUCUUUCCCCAGAGAGAGCUGAAGAUUCUGAUGCAUUAACAGCUGUCAGCAGUCAGCUGGAAGGUUCUCCCAUGGACACCAGUAGCCUGGCUUCCUGUACACUAGAGGAGGCUGUGGGUGAUACUUCAGCAGCUGGCAAUACUGAGCAGCCCACUGCAGGCAGCUCCACUCCUGGGGAUGCUCCAUCAGUUGUGGCAGAAGUGCAAGGCAGGCCUGAUGGGUCAGGAGACUCUACCCAGCAACCUGAGGACAGCUCUCCCCCUGCAUCUUCUGAGAGUUCUUCCACCAGAGAUUCUGCUGUGGCCAUUUCUGGAGCAGAUUCCAGAGGAAUCUUAGAAGAGCCGCUGCCUUCAACAAGCAGCGAAGAAGAAGAUCCCCUUGCAGGUUCCUCCGGUUUAGGCUCAGCUAGCAGCAUCCAGGCAGCUGUUCGGCAGCUGGAGGCUGAGGCUGAUGCCAUUAUACAAAUGGUACGUGAGGGUCAAAGGGCGCGGAGACAGCAACAAGCAGCAACGUCGGAGUCCAGCCAGUCUGAGGCAUCUGUCCGGAGAGAGGAGUCACCCAUGGAUGUGGACCAGCCAUCUCCCAAUACUCAAGAUACUCAGUCCAUUGUAGCCUCAGAUGGAACAUCACAGGGGGAGAAAGAGAAAGAGGAGAGGCCACCAGAGUUACCUCUGCUCAGUGAGCAGCUAAGCCUAGAUGAACUGUGGGACAUGCUGGGAGAAUGUUUAAAGGAACUGGAGGAAUCUCAUGACCAACAUGCAGUGCUAGUACUACAGCCUGCUGUUGAGGCCUUCUUUUUGGUCCAUGCCACAGAACGGGAGAGCAAGCCUCCUGUCCGAGACACCCGUGAGAGCCAGCUGGCACACAUCAAAGAUGAACCUCCCCCACUUUCCCCUGCCCCCUUAACCCCAGCCACUCCUUCUUCCCUUGACCCAUUCUUCUCUAGAGAGCCCUCAUCUAUGCACAUCUCCUCAAGCCUGCCCCCUGACACACAGAAGUUCCUUCGCUUUGCAGAGACUCACCGCACUGUGUUAAACCAGAUACUACGUCAGUCCACCACUCACCUUGCUGAUGGACCUUUUGCUGUCCUGGUGGAUUACAUUCGUAUCCUCGACUUUGAUGUCAAACGCAAAUAUUUCCGCCAAGAAUUAGAACGGUUGGAUGAAGGUCUCCGGAAGGAAGACAUGGCCGUGCAUGUCCGCCGUGACCAUGUGUUUGAAGAUUCCUAUCGUGAGCUGCAUCGCAAAUCUCCUGAAGAAAUGAAGAAUCGAUUGUAUAUAGUGUUUGAAGGAGAAGAAGGGCAGGAUGCUGGAGGGCUCCUGCGUGAGUGGUAUAUGAUCAUCUCUCGAGAGAUGUUUAAUCCUAUGUAUGCCUUGUUCCGUACCUCACCUGGUGACCGAGUCACCUACACCAUCAAUCCAUCUUCCCACUGUAACCCCAACCACCUCAGCUACUUCAAGUUUGUUGGACGCAUUGUUGCCAAAGCUGUAUAUGACAACCGCCUCCUGGAGUGCUACUUUACUCGAUCCUUCUACAAACACAUCUUGGGCAAGUCUGUCAGAUACACAGAUAUGGAGAGUGAAGAUUACCACUUCUACCAAGGCCUAGUUUAUCUGCUGGAAAAUGAUGUCUCCACUCUGGGCUAUGAUCUCACCUUCAGCACUGAGGUUCAAGAAUUUGGAGUGUGUGAAGUUCGUGACCUCAAACCUAAUGGGGCCAACAUCUUGGUGACAGAGGAGAAUAAGAAAGAAUACGUACACCUGGUAUGCCAGAUGAGAAUGACAGGAGCUAUCCGCAAACAGCUGGCAGCUUUCUUGGAAGGCUUCUAUGAGAUCAUUCCAAAGCGCCUCAUUUCCAUCUUUACUGAGCAGGAAUUAGAGCUGCUCAUAUCAGGGCUGCCCACCAUUGACAUUGAUGAUCUGAAAUCUAACACUGAGUACCACAAGUACCAAUCCAAUUCCAUCCAGAUCCAGUGGUUCUGGAGAGCAUUGCGUUCUUUUGACCAAGCUGACCGUGCCAAAUUCCUCCAGUUUGUCACGGGUACUUCCAAGGUGCCCCUGCAAGGGUUUGCUGCCCUAGAAGGUAUGAAUGGCAUCCAGAAGUUUCAGAUUCAUCGAGAUGACAGAUCCACAGAUCGCCUGCCUUCAGCUCACACGUGUUUUAAUCAACUGGACCUGCCUGCCUAUGAGAGCUUUGAGAAGCUCCGCCACAUGCUACUGUUGGCCAUCCAGGAGUGCUCUGAAGGCUUUGGGCUGGCCUAAAAAGGCCCUGCCCACUUCUGUGGGGUUUUUCUACCAUUGUUGGACCUGGGGAGGGGGGGAUUUAAAAAGAUCCAGAAAGAAAAUGUCAAAAACCAAUAAAUGAAAUCCACCAACUCACCAUGUGUGUGUUCCAGCUGCUCAUCUCCCCCUAGAGCAUACCUGUCCCCUUUUGUUCAUUGUCUUUCUUCCUCUCCCCCUUCCUCACCUCUGCCUUUUCCAUGCCAUCCAUGAUCCCCACCCCAUGUGUUAAAAGGCAGUAGCCUUUGCAGGGACCUGUUUGUCCCAACUGUUUGAACAGUGUGCUCCUCAGAUUCUGUGUUCAGAAGGAUUUGCUGCAUUGAGACUUGAAACCUUUGGAUAGGGGAAAAAUUAUAUAUAUAUAUAUAUUUUUUUUUGUUCUGUUUGCAUUUCUUAAUUUGUGCUUGGAAUGUGUUGAUGUGCACAGCUAAUGAUUCAAUGCGAGACAAGAUUGGCGUCUGUGUUGUGGAGGUUUCAAAUAAAGAGCAUUCUUCAUA